AUGGGCAAGAACAAAAAAGUUGAACAACAAAACAAAGUAAUAAUUGUAGAAUUCAAGGUUUCAAUGUACUGCAAUUCAUGUGAAAGAACCGUUGCCAAAGUCAUCUCCAAGUGCAAAGGAGUGGAAAAGUUCAUUACCGACAUGAACGAACACCGGGUGGUGGUGACGGGUCGUAUUGAUCCCAUGAAAGUAUUUAAAAAACUAAAGAAGAAAACGGGAAAGAAAGUGGAGAUUGUGUCUAACAUGGAUGAAGAGCCAAACGAUGAGUCGGAUAAACUUGUUAUGAUGCAUCAGUUCGCACCGGAAAAUGAUAGUUGCAUAAAGACCGAAACCAUCAUGAUGUUCAGUGAUGAGAACCCAAAUGCAUGUGUAGUAAUGUAG